AUGAAGCGGCAGCGGCCGCCCUCAUUGCCGCGACUGCUGCUCAACGCUCUCAGCUGGUUGUAUGCCUUUCAAGCGCUUUGGCAGUAUAGUAGCGCUAUACAUUUAACAGGGACUUUCCAUACUGGUGAGUUUUUCAAAGUUAUAACCAAAUUUGGUUUCCAAAAGGCCGAAGCCCCUACUCCACACGGCGGCUCCUACGGCUACAUAUACGGCAACAUCACAGCAACCGACACAUUUGCGCAUCCCAUCUCAUUAGUGGUGCUGGACAAGGCAGCCUUUGUGGAUUUCUAUAGCAAUCGCAUAUUUGAUGAUCGUGAAAAGGCCUGUCGACACAUGUUUGAACAUUUGAAAGGUCUGAUAUAUGACGGCGUAUGCAACAAGCAAGGUAAACGCGAUUAUGUGCGACGUGUACCAUGUAAUAGAGGCGAGCUGUGUGCAGACGAGGAUACGCCCAGCAAUGUGAUAGCAGAAAAACAGUUCACCUACACCAUUAGCGAAGUGACGGAGCCCAGAUUCUGGUAUGUUGCGCUCACUGCCUGCUAUCGUAAUAGCACUAACUGCGAAUGGCAUGCCUAUGAUCAUCCCAAAAGUGAGAGUGCGGCAGCCAAAGUGGUUAACGAAUUCCUUGCAUCACACAACGACAUGCUCCCACCUCAUCCCUCGCCCGCUCUGACCUACGAUAUAUACGUUGUCAAUGGACAUCCUAACAAUUCUGCUGCGCAUCCACUUUCUUUCCAAUUCUCAUUCGAUCAGCAAAAUUUGCUGGAAAUGUAUAUGAUUUUCCUACUAGUCUAUCUGGUGCUGCUACCGAUGCAAAUAUAUGCGGUGCGUUUGCAAAAACAUCCAGUUACACGUCUCUUCACGCUUAGCCUGGCGAGCGAGUUUGUCAGUUUGGUUUUCAUUACAGCGCAUUUGAUAAAGUUCGCCAUGAACGGCGUAGGGAUGCCAAACAUGCAGACCGCAGGCGAUAUUUUGGAUAUAUUUAGUAGAACCACUUUCAUGUUAAUUCUACUGUUGCUGGCUAAAGGCUGGGCCGUUACACGUCAGCAAAUCAAUCGCACUGGUUGGAUAAUCUUGAUGAGCAUUUGGGUUCCCUAUUGUGCGUUUCAAAUGUUCCUCUAUGUUUGGGAUAAGACGGAGGUGGAUAUUAUAUCAGACAUUGAUGAGUACCAAACCUGGCCAGGUUGGAUUGUAUUAAUACUACGCACAUCAUUUAUGACUUGGUUCCUCUACGAACUACGCAACACCAUGAAAUAUGAGCAUUCCACCAAAAAGCUCGAUUUCCUAUUGCACCUAGGCGCCUCUAGUUUAGUGUGGUUCAUCUACUUGCCCAUUGUGGCCAUUGUGGCUCUUCAAGUGAGUCCCAUGUGGCGCUACAAGCUACUGCUAGGCAUCACCAAUUCAGCUGACUGCCUGGCAUAUUGUGUAAUGACUGGCCUGCUGUGGCCAAACCGUGCGGGACAGUAUUUGCUGCUAGCCGGCAAUAAGUAUACAGGCAUGGACGAGUUGGAUGAAUUUAACGAAGCGCCUCAUAUUGUGCGCGAACGCGAACGUCGUCGAAAUUCUCCUGAUGGCUUGGUCAUUGUCAAUGGCGAUUUAGCUGCGCAUGUGAAUACAAAUGGCGGUAGUGGCGUUGUAACAGCAGCGGGAGGUGCUAACAAUUUGAUGCUAACUUCAAAUGUUGUCAACGGUGACGCAUGCGCCGAACUGCUAGACGCAGAAGAUCUUGAUGCGGUACUAUUAACCGAUUUGAAUAAGAAUAGUCAUGUUGUGGCAUAAGUGUAGGGUAUAGCAAACCGUUGUAUGUGUAGUAUUCCGCUAAAGAACGAAACCACUUUACUGGAAAACGCUUAAAUGUAGUUUUGUUGCAUUUGAUUUUAUGAGUGCAACAUAUUUUUAAGCGCUGACUGUAGUAAACAAUGGCACAUCGAUACGUAUAAGAGGAAUGCAGUAAUGAGAGGAGAGAAGAAAAAGUAAGUGAAAUUUGCGAGCUUGUCUGACAAAAGAAUGAUAAUGAAAUUAGUUGUGCAUCGUAUGUGAUGAUUUUAUGAUUUUAUACAUGUAAACACUAUUUUCUUGUAAUACUAAAAUGUGUUUAGUUUUAGCUUUAGUUUUGUAUGAUACUUUAUCUUGAUUAUGCAAUACAUUUACAUUACACUAGUUUAUACUUUAGUUGUAUAGUAUUUAGAUAACUAUAUAAUCAACAUAUUACGAUUGUUUGAGGUAGUCAAGUACAUUUAUAUGUACAAAUAUGUUUAAAGACUAAAGAGGAGACGUUUUAUAAAUUUAAAAAUACUGUCAUUAAUGGUUAAAAGAUAAAACCAAUAGCUAUAAGGUACACAUUUCAUAUUGUAUGCGAUUAUAAUAUAAUUAUAAUACUUUACAUUACCUACUUAGCAUGUUAAGCACUGUUUGAAUGGGUAAUAUA